AUGGAUAUAUUUACCGCUGAAGAGUUAGAUUCUCUCUACACUGAGGCUGAGAAACUCAUCGGACGCAGUACCACAGUGCUGGAUGAUUCCAUCCGCCAGCAAUUGGUCCUCAAAAUUUUAAGCCUUGAGCUGCCAGAUCGCCUCUCUGUGCCACUCCCUAUUGCAGCAAAAUUGAAUGAGAAAAACCGGAACUUAUUACAUGAAUGGUUGUGUAAAAAGCUUGAAAUAGAAGACUCCAAGGACGGUGUAGUUGUCAAUGGAGCAAUCGUGAAGGAUCUCGAAGUGGAUGAAUAUGUCAAGGUAAAAGCUAAGAAAUAUGUCAUCUGUGGCGGGCCAAUUUUGACGCCCCAGCUACUCUACGCCUCCGGGUUUGGGGAUUCUCAGAAUCCCCAUUACCUACCAGCGCUGAGGGCUGUGGAAACGGACCGAUGGAAGAUCCCGGGAUGGAAAGAAAAGGUCCAAGAGCAUCACAGAAAGUUCCCCAAGGACCCUUUACCGUUCCCAUUCCGUGAUCUUGAUCCCCAGGUGACCCUGGUUGUGGAUAGAGACCACAAAUGGCAUACACAGAUCCAUCGGGAUGCGUUUUCCUACGGCGCUGCUCCCCCGGCUAUCGAUAAACGCACUGUAAUUGAUCUUCGGUAUUUUGGCAAGGUGGAGCCAAUCCGGGACAACUAUGUGACGUUUGAUGACAAAAUCCUAGACGGCUACUCCAUGCCCCAGCCAACGUUUAGAUACAAGAUCUCAGAAGCAGACAAGAAGAUAUCCCAUGAGAUGAUGAAAGAUAUGGAAACGGUGGCCGCCAAGCUCGGGGGAUAUCUUCCCGGUUCGGAACCACAGUUCCUCAAGCCCGGCCUGGCUCUGCAUUUAUGCGGCACCACUCGAGCAGGCAAAGACAAGAAGGAGUCGUGUUGUACAAAAGACUCGGUGGUCCAUGGCCACAGGGAUAUCUACGUUGGGGGUCUCAACGUAAUUCCAAAUGCGAAUUGUACUAAUCCCACUUUGACGGCCAUGUGUUUUGCCAUUCAAGGAGUAAACCAUAUUAUCAAGGCAUUGAAGCCACGGAAGUAA